AUGAUAAGUUUAACCAUCUUCUCCGUACCCCUCCUGUCCCCCCAAACACAUUACACCUCAUACCCCCGUGCCCCUCAUACCACCCUCAACCCCCGUACCCCUCAUACCACCUUCAACCCCCGUACCCCUCAUACCACCCUCAACCCCCGUACCCCUCAUACCACCCCUCAACCCCCGUACCCCUCAUACCACCCCUCAACCCCCGUACCCCUCACACCACCCCUCAACCCCGUACCCUUCAUACCACCCCUCAACCCCGUACCCCUCACACCACCCCUCAACCCCGUACCCCUUAUACCACCCCUCAACCCCCGUACCCCUCACACCACCCCUCACCCCCGUACCCCUCACACCACCCCUCAACCCCCGUACCCCUCACACCACCCCUCAACCCCGUACCCCUCAUACCACCCCUCAACCCCCGUACCCCUCAUACCACCCCUCAACCCCCGUACCCCUCACACCACCCCUCAACCCCGUACCCCUUAUACCACCCCUCAACCCCGUACCCCUCACACCACCCCUCAACCCCCGUACCCCUCACACCACCCCUCAACCCCGUACCCCUUAUACCACCCCUCAACCCCGUCAACCCCCGUACCCCUCAACCCCCGUACCCCUCAUACCACCCUCAACCCCGUACCCCUCAUACCACCUCUCAACCCCUUACCCCUCAUACCACCCCUCAACCCCCGUACCCCUCAUACCACCCUCAACCCCGUACCCCUCACACCACCCCUCAACCCCGUACCCCUCAUACCACCCCUCAACCCCGUACCCCUCACACCACCCAUCAACCCCCGUACCCCUCAUACCACCCUCAACCCCCCGUACCCCUCAUACCACCCCUCAACCCCGUACCCCUCAUACCACCCCUCAACCCCCUUACCCCUCAUACCACCCCUCAACCCCGUACCCCUCAUAUCACCCCUCAACCCCGUACCCCUCACACCACCCCUCAACCCCGUACCCCUCAUACCACCCCUCAACCCCGUACUCCUCAUACCACCCUCAACCCCCGUAACCCUCACACCACCCCUCAACCCCGUACCCUUCAUACCACCCCUCAACCCCCGUACCCCUCACACCACCCCUCAACCCCGUACCCCUUAUACCACCCCUCAACCCCUGUACCCCUCACACCACCCCUCAACCCCGUACCCCUCAGACCACCCCUCAACCCCGUACCCCUCAUACCACCCCUCAACCCCCGUAACCCUCACACCACCCCUCAACCCCCGUACCCCUCAUACCACCCCUCAACCCCGUACCCCUCACACCACACCUCAACCCCGUACCCUUAUACCACCCCUCAACCCCGUACCCCUCACACCACCCCUCAACCCCGUACCCCUCACACCACCCCUCAACCCCCAUACCCCUUAUACCACCCCUCAACCCCGUACCCCUCACACCACCCCUCAACCCCCGUACCCCUCAUACCACCCCUCAACCCCCGUACCCCUCAUACCACCCCUCAACCCCCGUACCCCUCACACCACCCCUCAACCCCCGUACCCCUUAUACCACCCCUCAACCCCCGUACCCCUCACACCACCCCUCAACCCCCGUACCCCUCACACCACCCCUCAACUCCCGUACCCCUCAUACUUCAUCUACCUCUCUCUCCUAUACACAUCUGCUUAG